AUACGUGGUUUAGAUUUAAUGUAUUUCGGUAUACAUGAAGCCGGUAAUGAUAAUGGUUCACGUUUUGAUGUUUAUUUUCAACAUUUUUGUCGAAAUUUUCCAUUAAUUCGUCAAAACUUUUAUUGGAAAUAUGGUAUGCGUAUUGCUCGUUAUGAAAUAUGGCGGAAAAUGUUUGAUAUGCAUGAAAAAGAAAAUCAAUGCCAUUGUUUUGGUGAUCGAUCAUUAGGUGAAUGUGAUGGUUAUACGGAUAUGGCCGGUUGUUAUGGUGGUUUACCAAUGGCAUUAAGUUUUCGUCAUUUUUAUGGAUCAAAAAUUUUAAAUAAACAAAUUAUUGGCUUUCAACCAAAUUGGAAUAAACAUGGUGGUUAUGUUGACGUGGAACCAACCAUUGGUAUACCAUUAGAAAUUCGUAUGCAAUUUCAAUUUAAUAUUAUAACAAGAGAUUUACCUAGUUUUGGUCAAUUAAAAAAUAUCCGAUCCAAAAUGAUGCCAUUUUUUGGUGUUGAAGCGAAAGGAAAAAUAGAAAGCAAUAGAUCAUUAUUUAUAACCAUAAUGAUUGUAUCAUUUUUAACUAAUUAUCUUAAAUAUCUAUUUGCCAUUGGUGGUCUAUUGUUAAAUCCAGAACAAUUUUUGAAUGGUGAACGUGCAAAUAUUCAAGAAUUUGGUCCAUAUGUUUUUCGUUUAGAACGUCAACGUUUGAUUGAUGAAUGGCGUAAUGAAACAUUAGUUUAUUAUGAAAAAUUUCCAUUAAAAUUUGAACCAACAUUAUCCGAAUCGAUUAAUAAAGAGAUUAAUAUGAUGAAUUUACCUUUGAUUACAACAUUAUUAAUCGCACAUCAUUGGCUAGAACGUUAUUAUUUAAAAUUUUUAACAACAAUUAUAAAUCCAAUAAUUACAUUGGUUAUGCGUACAUUUGGUGAAUCAAUCAUACAACGUGAAACAAUCAAUAAUGUUUUAUUUGGUCGUCAAAUAAAUGCUAUGAAAUUUUUAGAAUUUAUCAAUGGAAUAGCUAAAAAUAUUGUACCAUUUAUACCUGAUUUUCAUGAAUUAAUAUCCAAUUUUGCUGGUUUUCAAUUACUCAAUAAUACAUUUAGUAUUAUGGAUCUGAUAGCUGGAAAACAAUUUGGUCCAUUUGAAUUAUAUCGUUUUGAUGAUAAUGGUAAUCGUCGUAUGCAUCAAGUGAAAACCUCUAUGGGUUCAAAUCGUUUAAAAUUUUUUCAAGAACCAUGUAAUCAUGUCGAUGGAUAUGAUAUACAAUUCUUUGGUCUUAAAGAUCAAGGUGAAAAAGUUAAUUUAUUUUUUCAACCAUUUUGUCGUUCAUUACCAUUACGAAGAGAAAGUAAAGGAUGGAAAAAUGGUGUUAGUGUUGCAAAAUAUGUAAUAUGGACCGAUUUAUUCAAUAUGAAUAUUAUUGAUAAUCAAUGUUAUUGUUUUAAAGGAAGAUCAUUAGAUGAUUGUAAUGGAUUUAAUGAUUGUUCCGGUACAUUUGAUGGUUUAUCAUUUGCAAUAACAUUACCACAUUUUAUUGGUUCAUCUAAUUUAGCUAGAAAUAUUCAUGGAUUAAAACCAAAUUAUAAAAAACAUUUGACAAUUUUCUAUUUAGAACAAUAUUUAGGCAUACCAAUGGAUGUACAAUUAACAUUUCAAUUUAAUUGGCCAUUACAUUAUCUACCACGUAUUGGUAGUUUGUCCAAUAUACGACCAUGUAUAUUACCAUUUGGUUGGUUUCGUGGUGUAAGUAUUGUAUAUUAUAAGUAA